CUCAGGUCCGCCCGAUGGGGGAGGUAUCAGCAGUUGCAGGAGAAUCACUGGUGAUUGCGUGCCCUGUGGCAGGAUACCCGAUUCAUACGAUCAAGUGGUUCAGAGGAGAUCGAGUGCUUCCCUUGAACAGAAGACAGUUAGUGUUCCCGAACGGUACUCUAAUAGUGGAUAAAGUUCAAGCAGGUGCGGAUGGGGACGGAGGGGCUUACCGUUGUACAGCAGCGGAUAAGCUUGGCCGAUCAGCCAGUGGCACCGUCCAUGUCAAAGUUAUGGUGCCUCCGGCAAUCACGCCUUUCUCCUUCGGGGAGCUCUCUCUGGGAGAGAGGGUUCGAGUCACUUGUAGCGUUAAGAGAGGAGACCCUCCAGUCACCAUAAACUGGUUCAAGGACUCCCAUCCCCUAGACUCGGAGAGCUUUCCUGACUCCGACCUUACAAUUAUCAGAGACCUGGAGGAUUUCUCCAGUGUACUCGCGAUACCACACGUUGACUCUAGACAUAGCGGCAACUACACGUGUAUGGCCAGCAACCCGGCGAAGCGAGCUCUGUAUACAGCCACACUUCUCGUGACCGGUAAACACCCAACAGCCUCCACUUGUCCAGCUUGUACAGCCCAGCUUAGCUUAUUGCACUUUCCAUCAGUCACCAAUAGAUAUAUAAAGCAAACUUAUAUAAAUCUUGUAACUUAUUAAUUACGGUCUAAUUUAUAUCAGAACUUAACUACAAAUAAAUGGAUACUAAGUAUACUUUACUUUUGCUGUGAGUAAUAAUU